AUGACAUCCAGGUCUCCAAGGAGAUCCAGAUCUACAAUGAGAUCCAAAUCUCCAAAGAUGAUAGCCAAGACUCCAAAGACUAGAGCAAAAUCUCCAAUGAGAUCCAAAUCUACAAUGAGAUCCAGGAUCCCAAGGAUAUCCAGAUCUCUAAUGAGAUCCAAUUCUCCAAUGAAAUGCAAAUCUCCCAAGAGGAGAGUCAAGAUUCUAAAAAUGACAUCCAUGUCUCCAAGGAGAUCCAGAUCUCAAAUGAGAUCCAAAUCUCCAAAGAUGAGAGCCAAGACUCCAAAGACUAGAGCAAAGUCUCCAAGGAGAUCCAGAUCUCCAAGGAGAUCCAAAUCUCCAAAGAUGAGAGCCAAAACUCCAAAGAGGAGAGCAAAGUCUCAGAGGAAGAAAUCUUGCUUCUCAGUGUCCAACCUGAUACUGGAGGGUGUUUCUGCUUCCACAGAGCGCCAUGGGAUGUCCCUGGUAGCCUUGAAGAAGGCUCUGCAGGCUGGAGGAUACGAUGUUGCAAGGAACGACGCCAGGGUCCUCCUCACAAUCAGACGCCUAGUGGCCAACAAAGCUUUGGUUCAGAACAAGGGCACCUCAGGCCCCUUCAAGGUGAACAAAAAUACUCCAAAGACGAGAGCAAAGUCUGUAUGGAAACUGGCGUAUUGCACAUUAUUUUGGAAUGAUUAA